AUGGUACCCCCUCAGAACUGGACGGCCGAGACGACGAAGGACUUGGAACCCUUCCUAGUACUUUUCUCAGGAGAUGAAUUAAGCUCUGUUGCCGCAAAGUUUCCUGAUAUCCUUCAGCAAGCAGCUUCCAAGAUGGUCGGGAUCUUGCCCCCCAAGGAAUUCCUCUGGACUGUCUUUGAAUCUGUUCGGAACAGCAGUGAGAGGGGCCCUGGCGCUGCCCCCAGCCCUGGUUGCCAUGGAGUUGAGGCUCCCUCUUCCGACGACAUCUUCAAGUUGGCCGAAGCCAAUGCCUGCUGGGCCCCCCAGGACCUGCGCUGCCUGGAGGAAGCCACGUUCCUCAGGAGCGUGGAGCUUCUGGGGGCCGUUGGGGGCUUCCUCCGGCCUCAGCUGACCGCCCUAAAGGAGAAGGCGAUCCAGGUCUGGGACACGCCUUCUUACUGGAGAGAACACCACAUCGUCUCGCUGGGCCGCAUUGCUCUGGCUCUUAACGAGAGUGAGCUGGAGCAGCUGGACCUCAGCUCCAUCGACACCGUGGCUUCCCUGAGCCAGCAGUCAGAAUGGACCCCAGGACAGGCUAAAUCCAUCCUGCAAGGGUUCCUGGAGGACUCGGGCUACCGAAUCCAGGACCUGAAGAGCUUCCACUUAGUAGGACUUGGUACAACCCUGUGUGCCAUGGAUGUCACCGACAUCUCACUUAUACAGAUCGCAGAGUUCAGGGUGGUGGUGGCCAGAAUCGGGACCCUGCCCUGCAGCACCCAUGUCUUGGCCGAGUUCAAGAGGAAGGCAGCGGUUGUGUUUGGGGACCCCACCAAGUGGUCCAGCUCUGUCUUGCAGGAACUCGGAACUAUUGCCGCGGGAUUAACGAAGGAAGAGCUCCGGGUGCUCGACAAGGAUUUGAUGCCGUAUUUCCAACCAUCAGCAAUCAGAUGCCUUCCUGCUGAGAUAUUCAAAGAGCUCUCUGCCCAGCAGAUCGCCGCCCUGGGCCCCGAGAACGCGGCCGCCGUGACCCCGGCCCAGCGCCGGCUGCUCCGCGCGCCGCAGCUGCAGAGCCUCCAGCGGGCGCUAGAUGGCGCCAAGACGCGCCCCUGGCUGGAUGCUCCCCCGAGCGCAAGCCCCAGCCGGACGCCCUCCUCGCCUUCUCACCCAG